AGCUGGAAAGAAAGUGCGAGAUCAAGAGCGCUGGGAGCGACCCAGGGUCAAGACUGAUAGAAAAAUACAUUUAUAUUUCAGAGACAAAGGAGUGUCGACUUUUACCUGUUUCUAUAUUUUAGGGAACUUGGGGACACGCCGACAUCACAGUUAUUUUACAUAAGCGGACGGCGUAAACCGAUCAUCAUGACCACUGAGAUGCAGGAGAUCGCCAUCACGGAGGAGAAGCCCUUACUGCCCGGUCAAUCAGACGCCGUCAAGGAUGCUGAAAUCGCAGCCCGAAUAUUGCUGGACCAAGGCCAGGAACACACUGUGGAGACUCCUCACGGCGUGCUGCAUGUGACAGUUCACGGCUCCGGGAACGCUCGCAGACCAGCCAUACUGACCAUCCAUGAUGUGGGAAUGGACAGUAAGAGCUGCUUCUCCACCCUGUUUCGCUUUGAGGAGAUGCAGGAGAUUGUGAAGAACUUCACCGUGGUUCACAUUGAUGCUCCGGGACAGGAGGAGGGUGCCGCGGUUUAUCCUGCAGGAUACCAGUAUGCGUCCAUGGAUCAGGUCUCUGAGAUGCUUCCUGCUGUCCUGCAGUUUUUUAAUUUCCGCACAAUUAUCGGUGUUGGAGUCGGAGCCGGCGCUUACAUUCUGUCCAGAUUCACUUUGAAUAACCCUGAGGCGGUGGAGGGUCUGGUUCUGGUCAAUGUGGACCCAAACGCUCGAGGCUGGAUGGACUGGGCCGCACAUAAGCUCUCCAACCUGACGUCUUCCCUCUCAGACCAAAUCAUCAGUCACCUCUUCAGUCAGCAAGAGCUGUCUGCAAACACAGAGCUGAUCCAAACUCACAGAGAGAGAAUCACUAAAGCACCAAACCUGCUCAACAUCGAGCUCUUCUGGAAGAGUUACCUGGGACGCAGAGAUCUGAGCCUCGACAGGAACAACACGUUCAAAUGCCCGGUGAUGCUGGUGGUCGGAGAUCAGGCUCCGUACGAGGAAGCAGCUGUGGAGUGCAACAGCAAACUAGACCCAACUACAACCUCAUUCCUCAAGAUGGCUGACGCUGGCGGGAUGCCACAGCUCACUCAGCCCAGCAAACUGACAGAAGCCUUUAAGUACUUCAUUCAAGGCAUGGGAUACAUGGCGUCGUCCUGCAUGACGCGUCUGUCCCGCUCGCGCACCACCUCUCUCUCCUCCUCAUACUCCAUGGAGGGCUCUCGCUCCCGGUCCCGCACCCUGUCGCAGGGCUCUCAGGGCGGACAGCUGCCUCCCAGCCCGUCCAACACCAUGGAGGUCUCGUGCUGAGGAGCUCCGGAGAUCCAGAGACGGAGACCAGCCAGCCCUUUAAACUCUGCGGCGCGGCCCGGGCCUUUAGUCAGACCCACAUGUAGUGUUAACCAAUAGUAAUACUUCAAAUAUUGAUAAUGAUGAUAUUAAUAAGAAUAACCAUGAAAAAAGAAAACAUAAAUAAAUAAAUAACGAUGUUUUUUCUCUUAAUUACAUGUUGAAUUUCUAAAAGCGUAAGAAUAGAGAAGAGUAUAUAAGCUCAUAUUGUAUGUCUAUCAACUUCUUUGUGGUUUUGUUUUAUUCUUUCUCCUUUUUGGUGUGCUUUUAUUUUGUAUUUUGUAUUAUAAUUAUUACGAUUUUUUUUUUUCCAAUCCUGCUGCUGCUGUGAGAGGAGUGCAGUGUUUGUGGGGGGAGACGGUGGCCGAAUGCUCGUCUCUUCUGUAGGUGACAGCCAGCUCAUGUCUUCCAUUCGCCCUUUACGAUAAAGAUAGCUAUACGAUAACAAAUAAAAAAAA